AUUUCGUUGCAGAUCUCUCUGUCCUUGUCCGCAACUCGGUGAUCACCAAUUGAAGCGAUAGCACCCUUGGCUGAGCACAGCAGUGACAAUGAGCAAAACUCAUUAUGCCGAUCUUUCAGCUGGACAUGGCGUUGCAAAUGGCAAACUACGCCCGAAUGAUGUCUUCGAGCCGGUCGGCAGAGAGGAGCUACCGCCUGUCUUUGUGCCAGGCCGCUCCAGCUCGUUAAGCGGAUCGUCCGAUGGACGCACCCGGCAGACCAGUCAAUCGAGCUCAGCAGCAAGCUCAGUCUACGAAGGCAUCAGCCGACGGACUUCGACAAGCAGCGCCAGCUCAAUGCAAUCACGCAAUUCGAAAAGCUCAGGAUCGCUACAUAGGCUCAGCCGAAGGGGCAGCUCGAGCUCAAGCAGUCUCAAUUCAAGUGCCAGCGUGUCCGAUCCUGCGUUAAGCUCUCCGAGGAGCGUCAAACGGUCAAAGAGUGUCAGGCAUGCAAGGAAGGUUGCCAAAGAGCUCGAAAGGCAGCAUCGUGCUGGCUUCACCGGCUUGCCACCGACAACGAGCAUGGACAGCAUUGCGGCCUUGCUCAUGUCACCAGACUCUGCCACAGAGUCGCCAGACAUUGCGCGACCGGCUACCAUCACGCGCACGGAGUCAGACUCGACGAUCGUACCUCGCAUGACGAGCAGAGAAGCAUCACCGGCGCUGCCUGAGACUGUCAACCCGGCAGCGGACGUCUUUGAUGAUGUCAGCUUGCCUGACGAGCCCGAGCGUGCGCCUUCACGCGGAAGCCUUGACUCGUCUGCAUCGGUCCUGACAGGCAGUCUUGUAAACGAACAGUUGGCUGACACGCCUGUGCCUGUGGCUGAAAACGAAAGUGCGGUCGUAUUGUCCGGUCAGCUAUUGCCAUCGCCCGUCAAGGUUGCGCUACCUGUGCUAGCUGUCGAUGCGCCCAUGUCUGAGGACAUGUCGCCAAAAGAUGUUGCAGAAUCAAUGGAGCACGGUAGUACUAACGGCAUGCUCACGCCGAGCAUCGAUAUCGUGCCGGCGAGAUCGAUUUCGCCUGAUCAGAGCUACUUUGACGCUGUUCAGUCACCUCCACCCAGUCAGGCCGUCUCACCCUUCGAGGUCUUCUUCUCUCCACCUCUUGAGCAGCCUAGCUUUCCAAGUCAGACCAGCCCGACAGGCUCGGUCCGCGACGACGUCAAACCGCCCUCGCUGUCGCCAAUGCCUUCGCCUAGGUUGCCAGGCGCCCUUGUCACAUCUCCUGCUGUCGAUGAGACCACCGAAGUAUCGGUGCAGCCUGACGCGGCUGAAACUGCGCAUGCAGCGGCGGCAGCGCCAGCAGCUGUGCCGCGAAUGAACUACGCCGAGGUCUUUCGUCUCUGUCUAGAAGAGCAUCCAAAGUCUGCUUCGAUCCCUACCCGGCCUUUCGAACAACCUGAACGAGCCACGAUGACUGCGGAAGACGCCCAGAUUGAUCAUCGUGCUCUUGCGUUCCGAACGAUCGACUUUGACUCGCUCGCCCGUCCAGACAUUGUUCUGCCUCCGACUGAAAAUCUGCCUGCCGCUAUGCCAACAUCAAGUCCGCAGCACGUUGUCGGCGAGAUCUGUAGCUAUGAGUCGCUAGUAUGUCCAAUGAUCCUGCCGCCACAGCAAGCUUGCGCUCAGCAGCCUCGAAUCGCAUAUACAAUGCCCUCUUGCGUUGCCAAUAUUUGCAAUUACGAGUCGCUUGCCUGCCCACCCAUUCUUUCGCCGUUAGACGCUUGCGUCAUACCCAAUAGUAAAGCCUCCGAAGGCAAGACUGCGGAUCUGCCGACAGUCAAGACGUGCUCCUACGAAUCCCUUGCCUGUCCGCCCAUCCUUCCACCUCUCGAGUCUUGCGUGUCACCACCGAAAGUGGCAAAGGAGCUCGACUCGCGCAUAUUGGCUCUCAAGACGUGCACUUACGAUUCCCUUGCGUGUCCCGCUAUUUUGCCGCCAAAAGAGCCAGUCGUGAAGCCGGUCACACAAUCGCAAGCCCCUCGCGUGCUCGCCAUCAAGUCGUGUAGCUACGAGUCUUCAGCUGCGCCACCGAUUUUGUCGCCAUGCGAGCCUUGCAAGUCAUCGUCCACUAUUGCAGAUCAGCCGCCGUGUGUCACGACGACGCCCGAUUCGGCAGUCUCGCUCUCGCCAAUUGCAGCCAAGGCAGAUCUUCUCCCCACGAGCGAAGUCGGCUUGAUAGAUGAAGUGGCAAUCAUCACAGGCGGUAUGCUCGGAGUCGAGCCAACGGUAUUCCAGCAUAUUCCCGUUGACGAAGUUCAGGAGGUAGAACAGUCCCCACCGCAAGCCGAACAGACUGCUGCGGCGGUAUCAGCGAUGAUGGCUGCACUUACCCCCCAUGUCGAGACAGCCACAGGUGACCCUUCCCUGCACGAGAUCGCUGGACAUCACAGUGACAAAGAGCUGAUGACAGAGCCUCUGAGUCUGUCCGAUAACACUGCACGAGCGCUUGCCGAUGGCCUUCACGUAUCGCCAGAGUUCUUCCAGAACAUGUCGAGCAAGCCAGUCGAGAGUGUCACAUCGAGCGAUGGCGAUGAUGCGACGACAUCGGCCUCAUCCACUGAUGGUUCAGUGAGUACUCUGACGGAUCCGGUCGAUAUCGCCGAAAGCACAGAGAAGGAUGAUGCAGCAGCGAAGCCUGUCGACUCUAUAGAGAACGCCCCAGUGCCGUCGCUAUGCCGCACAGUCAACGCCAACAAGUUGGAAACCAACGGUGCCCUUGACGAGGCUGUCGCCAGGCAUGAAGCAUUCUCGGGGCAGUACGCUGCAAGUAGCGGCUUCCCCGCAAGUCCCGGAAACUCACUUUCGCGCGAGGUCGAGCAGUCAAAUACGAUCAGUAGCCCGUCUACGGCGCAAGAUGGCAUCGUGCAUGCUGUGGAGAGCUCAGUACUGAUCACUGAGGAUCACCUUCAGCCCACUGAGCCCGACGAAUCGAUGGCACGUGCUGAAGUCGCCGAGACUGCGAACGCAAGGACAGCUGCAUUGCAGUUUACCAAGGACUUGUCUUCGCUUCAUCAGCCGGGCAUCGAACAGCCAGCCUCAGCAAGUGCAGUAGACUCCUCGAAUCCGUCCACAGGCCUGAGCAAUGGGCAUGCAAUCAUCCAAAAUCUCGCCGGCUUAGACCAGCCUGGAAUGGAACUUCCAUCUGAGGCGCGAGAAGCACAGAGUGGAGCUUUGGCGCGGCAGACAGGAGGAAUGACUUCAGGAGGAUCACAGCCACCUCGUGAGCCGCCGUCGUUGACGUUGUCGCUCUUCACUGGUCAGAUCAAGCCUUGGCGAAGACAAAUCCUCGCUUUGCUUGCGACGCUUGGUAUCAAUCUCGCUUUACCAUUCAUCAAUGGCAUCAUGGUCGGCUUUGGCGAGAUCGUCGCGCGAGAGUACCUUGCGCCUUCGGUCUAUUCCGCAAUCACCGCCUGGCGAUCAGGCACGACCUACGCAUCAGCUAAUCUUGGCAUGCGCGCGGCUCAUGGAGCUUCAGAUACUGGCUACAUCCAUGGCAAGCCUGGCCAUGCAGGAUCGAAAACGGUGCUCGAAGAGGUAGUGACAUGAAAACAAUUUGCGGUCUUUCUCCCUGUUGCCUGUCACGGAAUGUUGUCACCAUUGCGCAAGUGCAGAAGCUCAUCUCAUCUCAGCUCAGAUCACGCGAGCGCGAGGUAGUGUCAAGUGCAGAUCAGGAUAGCAAGAGAGGCUUUACAAGUGUGGUUGCGGUG